UCCACGGGAUUAUCGAAGGACAUCACACAUUUGCAUGCCUGAGGGUCUUGUUGAAGGGACUCAAAACUGUCGAACACAUUCAAGCUAUACAUAGACUUACCAUGCAUUCAAGGGGAGGAUGUUGGCGACCCGAUGGAGAGAACAGGGACAUUCUGGAGGUGAAGACGUCUCUGGGGACCUUCUUGGAUGCCUCGAGCAAGGUCACGGACGACAUGAGCUUCACCGGCACUUCAUAUGCCCCAUCAAACAAGAAGAGAUGGAUCAACGAGACUGAGCAGCUUGCUACUAGCAGCGGUUUGAAUUAUGAUUAGGAUAUGUAAAUGACAAGGGACUGAUAAUACUGCUUAUGAAUUGAAACUUCGCUUUGUUCAGAAGAUGUGCCAAGAAGACAGUGUGUGGAGAUAUGUCGGCGUCACGAUCGUACUAAGUAGGGAAAACAAACAAAGCACAUCUUCCAAUUCCCCUAACAUGUCUUCUCAGAAAGGAGGCCCUGGGGGGUGGGCUGCGGGUUGACUAAGUUUAGAAUCACG